GCCAUGAAGUUCUGGCUCCGGAGUUGUCUCGCAUCCCGUGGCGUUGCAGAGUGGGGGCGAGCGUGGAGGAACAGUACGGUAUCAGGAUGUGCAGCACUGGAGAUCAACACCGAGUUCAAUAAACCACGUAAUGGAGGCAGUUCUGGAUCUCUACAAGGGCUCAGAGUAUCUGCAGUAGUGAACGCUGUCUGGACUACCAUGUUACUCCAUGUUUCCGGCGGAGAGCAGAACUUCAUUUAUGACCUUGACACAGUGUUGCCGUUUCCGUGUCCUUUUGACGUGUACAGUGUGGAGGCCUUUAGGUUGGAUGACAGCCUUCAUCCAGAAUUUCGCAGGAAAAUCAGAAUGAUUCGGGCAGAUUUGUAUUUGAAGACGUUUGCUUCAGACAGAUCUCAUAUGAAAGAUGCAAACAGGAAAUGG